CCUAGGCGACCGCCCACAAACUCAAGAAAAAAAUCAAAAUAUCUUUCUGCUUGUAAUUCUGUAAUCGAAAUCAAAGACCUGAUUGAUUAAUGGAGGAUACAUUUUGUUCCGAUUGUAAAAGAAAUACAGCGGUAGUAUUUGACCAUUCCGCCGGAGAUACAAUCUGUUCCGAGUGUGGCCUUGUUUUUGAAGCCCACUCGAUUGAUGAAACGUCUGAAUGGAGAACAUUUGCUAAUGAAACAGCUGACACCGAUCCUCAUCGUGUUGGAGAGAAAUCGAAUCAUCUUCUUACUAAUAGCGGCUUAACCACAAUGAUUUCCAUGCCGAAUGGCGGUGCGAAUCGCUCUUCUACUGGCCGUUUCCGUAAUAUUAAUACGCCUGAUCCUGAUAGGGGCCUUAUCGAGGCGUUUAAGGUGAUUGGGGUGAUGGCUGACAGAUUAGGGCUUGUUUCGACUAUUAAGGAUUUGGCUAAUGAGAUUUAUAAGAAGAUGGAUGAUGCAAAGGCUACUAGAGGGAGGAAUAAGGAAGCAUUGAUGGCUGCUUGCUUGCAUACAGCUUGUAACAAACUAGAGAAAUCGAGAACGAUGAAAGAGAUUAAUUCCGUUACAAGUGGUGGUGUGACUAGGAAGGAAAUUGGACGUGCAAAAUUGGAGAUUAGUAAACAUUUGGAGUACAGUAUCGAUGAGAAGCCUACAGACCCUGCUGAAUUUGUGAGGCGGUUUUGUUCUAAUCUUGGUUUGAGUAUUAAAGUUGUGAAAGCUGCUGAAGAAGCAGUUAAAAAUACUGCAGAAUGUGAUAUUAGGAGGAUUCCUAUAACCGUUGCGGCUUCGAUUAUUUACAUGAUAACUCAAUUGUCUGAUGAGAAAAAACAGAUUCGAGAGGUUGCUCUUGCAACUGGUGUUGCACCAGGCACUAUUAAGAUUUCCUACAAGGAUAUUUACCCUCAUGCUGCGAAACUGGUACCAGCUUGGUAUGCUAAUGAGGAGGACCUCAAGAAGUUGUCUAGCCCUUAAAAGAAGACGGAGACAAGAUAUCCCUCUGCAGAUCGGUGCAAAACUUGCAAUUUUGAUGGAUCAUGUCUCCAUUGCGGUAUUAGCUUAGAAAUAUGAGAUGCCUAGAUUUUAUUAUCUUAGUCUUUUAUGCUUUCCAUUUUGCGUUUCAUCUGAACAUUGAAAUACAAUGUCUGAAAUUCUUGCCCAUAUGGUCAAAAAUUAAGAUUUUUACCAUCAAUUGAGAUUUCACAAAAACACCUCACUAGCAUGAUAGGUUUUGGGUUUAUCUAAAUAGCACUGAUUAUUUUGUAAAACAGUUGAUAUUACUGCUUAAUAAUUGCCAAUUGCUAGUAAUGACUGACUGUAAUU